AUGUCGUUCGCCGGCAAUCCUUUCUCAUCUGCGCCUCGACUGCCGUCGCCCGUCAAGAGGACCAAGCGACUCAGCAGUCUGCACGCGCAUACUGCCUCUCGUUCAACCGCUCGCCCACGCGACGUCGAUUUGUUAUUGCGCGACCUCUCGCCAACCACCACCCUGCAGGCCUUUCGUGCCGACCCCAGCUCGGCCGACAUGGCCUUGGGCAGCACAAGCGCCGAUGUGCUGGCUCGCAGCAUCGCAUCCUCUUCGGAAUCUGAGCGAGCACUGGGUGUCAAGGCUGCACAGUCAUGUCUCGAUCUGCGGACAUGGAYGAGAGAGAUGGAGAGCUGGACAUGGCCCCGCAGUUUCGACGUUCCGGAAUUCGUGCGGAGGAGUAUGCGCAGUGGAGGUGGAUCGGCGAUAGGCGAAGACGGCGAGGAGUACUGGGGAAGUCUGCCGGCAAAGACUGUAAGAGCAUACGAACAACGCGCCGACGAGAUUGGCCAGCUGCUGGACGAAAUGGACGUGGAGGAGUUGAAGGAGUACGUCUUGUCUUCGCACUAUCGCGCUAGCUCACGGCCGCCAUCGAGAAGUCACCGUCUUAGCACGAUGAGCACGCUGGACAUGGUGUCGUCCGACAUCAAGCGACUCGACGACUUCACCGCGCUGGUGACUGCAACGAUUCUACAAGCCUUGCCGUACCUUUCGCACUUGAGCAAGUUGAUGGACGUCUGGACAAUUCGAUUGAUCAUCUUGCGGAACGCACCGCAGUACCUGCGCGACCUGGAGCGGACACGUGCCGAGUUGAAUCGAGCAUGGGCGACGAUAUCAGUUUCAUUGGUAGAGGAAUCCACCAUCAACAGAGAGGCGGUAUUUCAAUUGAAGAGCUCAUUUGAACGCCAGGUGGGAUCCCUUGGUAGGAAGCUGGACCGAUUUCUCGAUGAUCUGGAAGGCCGCGAAGAUCGUGUACCGGAUUCCUGGAUCGAUGACUUUGAGAACUUGGAAUCUGCAUAUGGUACCUGGGUCGCUCAAGCUGACCGGAGGCUCCUGGAGAGUGAGUGGCGUCGGUYGAGAGAAUCGCAAUCCGCUCGAACGAUCAUUGGAGCCAACGAGCAUAUUCCAGAACUCGAAGCACCUUCUCAGGACGCAGAAGCUGUGCGUCGCAUGUCCGCGGAGACUUCCUUAUCAAAUGAUCCUUUUGGAAACUUUGACCAAACUUCUGGCGAUGAAUUACAACCCAGCUCUCCCAGUAUUGAAGCUGUACCAACUCCUGCCCUGCCACGGGACAGUCGCUCGUUACAGACUACAAACUCCAACAUGCGAUCUAUCAGUGAGAGACUCAGUUUGAAUGUUGAAGAACCCAUCUCAAACCGCUCAGUCAGUGAGGGUGCCACACAAGCAGAAGUUGGCGGUCGCUCGGUUGCGACGAGACGGGCCGCAUUCCUGAACGACAUUGAACGCACAAAUUCGCUCAAGUUGGCCUCAAAGAGUCCUGUGAGACCUUUUGAACAUGCUAGUAACGCGUUCACCAGGCUUUUCAAAAAGGACCACAUCCCAGAGAAAGCUAGGCCUGUGCCGAUGAGGUCGGGGAGCGGUAAGUCGGGUUUCAAUACCCAGCUCAAUUCAGUCAUUGCAGCUUCUGUCGCCGCUCCGAAUUCCGAGAGUCCGACUGGAGUAGCAGCGAAGCAAACCGUCUUUUCUUCAGGGGGUGCGGGUAUGCCAGUUACCAGCCAUGAAAGCGAAUCAGCAAGGGAAACCCUCCGUAACAAUGCGACUCCAGCACAUCGCACGAGCAGCGCAAAUGCCACACCUCAAGAACCUGUGUAUGUGGUACAGGGAGCUGAUGGUUUCGGUCACAUCAUACCGGAGACAUACAAGCCACGAGGUCCUUCGCCACCGCCUACUUCACCCGACAAGGUACAGGUGCCGGAAGACUGGCCUCUCGGUGGAGAGUCUGACGCGGCCCUAAAACAAGAAGACAGUCGACAACAGCUUGAGCAUGUUGAUCGCUCUUCGUAUGGAGAGCAAGCGGUUGGUAUACAAACCCCAGAUGCAGAGCCAGGACCGUCAGAACUGACUGGCGAUUCACUCGUUGUGUACGGAGUGGAGCAUGGCGAGAGGCCUCCGAGAGGGGUCGAUGGCCCACGCGAUGGGACUGUAUCACCAAUGACUCCAUUGGCUACAGAUGCGUUUGACAGAAUGUUUGUGGAGACAUUACCACAGCCGCCAUCAGAGACACCGGGCUCAGUCAAUGUGCCAGAGAGAUCACCAUCUUGGACCGGGUCUCAAAGGCCACUUUCAAUACCAGAAUCACAGCGACCCGGACUUGUCAGAAGAUCGAGCAUUAAUUCGAGCUAUCUGGACAACGCGGCACCCAGUACUCCCUCGACGAUGCUCGAAAUUGACUCGGUCACCUCGCCUCUGGGCACAGAAGAGGAUGAGCGAAAAUGGGUCAAGCGUGCCUCUGCAACUUUCAUCGAGGCAUUCCCACGUUCGGAGUUGAAGAGUAUCGAUGUGAAAAGACCAAGUUCGCCAUCCCCAAGGCGUAGUUUGUCUGUAAACAAGACUUCCUCCCCAGAAUACACGCCAGAAGCCACGAUACAGUCAACAGAGACCACGCAGAUAGACCAGGCCUUGGAUGCAUGUUCUGCGAGCAUUUAUGAGCCAGACACUCCGACCUCAGCUUCAAAUCACUCAAGUUGUGCAAUCGCCGAGGAAGCUUUGGCUCCACUCACCACUCMAGUCCUACCAAGCUCUCCUGUCGAAGAAGCCACCCUAAUUACGAACGGAGAGCCUGCAUCUCCGACCAGACCAGCACCACUUAAUGCUGUGAUGAUGAAGCGUCGUGGUAAAGCCAACGACGAGAACAGCAUGCCCACAUACACUUUAAGCCCAGCUUCGCCCUCUAAGAAGACGGCGAAUUCUCGACAGGGGGAAGAUUCUUUUGAUCGUCACGUCUCAGAGGUCCUCAGCACGCUUCCAGCGCCCAUCAAGUUUCGAUCCAGACCAGGCGCAGAGACACCAGUAAAUCAGCAUCGCGCAGCAGACGGUCAAGCAUCAGUGGGUCCCCGCCUGAAGAAUGCUCCCACCCCUCGCGUUCCUUCCCGUACAGGUAUGAUGAUUGCGCCGGCAGAGCCAUCACCUAAGAAGUACAUCUCUGCCUCAGACUCCGAAGUCAAACUCUACCAUCUCACACAAUCCGGUCGAGAUGAGCCUAUCAAGCUGUUUGUUCGUCUCGUGGGCGAGGGUGAGCGUGUCAUGGUGCGGGUUGGUGGCGGAUGGGCGGAUCUGGCCGAUUACCUUCGCCAGUAUGCAGAGCACCAUGGUUCACGGACGGUCUCGGAUGGCGGGUUGGAGUUGCAGCCGAUGUUGAAUGGCCAUCCCCGCAGGAUUAGUGGGGCUGUGGAGUUGAAGCCUAGAACAGCACCGACUACACCUGUUCCUGAUGCGACACCGUUCCGACCAGGAAGCCGUGAUGGCGAGCAAGAAUGGUCACAGCACCGUCCCGGAUCUAGCGGGCUUGCGGAUGUGACGAAUGCAAGCCCGUUCGCUGCUCGUGCGCAGACACCGACGCUAUACGGGACACCGAGGCCAAAGUCAAGCAACGGGAGCUCCAACUCGAGACCCACGACGGCAAAUGGUCAUGGUGGUUUGGGAUCAUCCCGCCCAUCAUCGCGGCAGAGUACCACUGCCGAUGGCUAUGGAUUGGCAGGGCCUUCUAGCACCGGAAGGCGAGGCUUACCAGACCACAAAGCGAAGUGGGUCGACUCGAUGAUUGAGCGGGCAAAGGCCAGCGCAGAGAAGAGCAAAGAAAGUGCUUCCAAGGAGAAGUACUUUGGGGAAUUGGGCAAGGCCGGAGGGACCAGGAGACUUGUAUUUCGGACCGGAAGUGGGACUGGAGGUCCGGAAAAGUAA